GACUAGCAUGGGGACAACUUUUGCCCCGCUGACUUCCGUAGGAUCAUUGGGGAUGAUUCCGAUCAUGUCCGUCCCUAGCCCAAUGCCUACGACGACUCCGUUAUUUUCGGGUUCAUUGCCCCUACCCAUGUGUCCCGUUCCGGGAUCGAAUAUGUCAGGGGUGAUGGCUCCACCAAUGAUGGAUCCUCCGCAUCUUGCUCAGUUUGCCGCUGACCCGGCAAACGCCCAAACGAUGCAAGGCUAUAACCAUGUUAUGGCCAUGAUGCAACAGUCAGGAGGGUAUAUGCCAUAUGGUUAUCUUGGUAUGUACCCGAUGCAAACACAAAGAUUAACUCCGCUGCAAAUGCCCGGGAUUACCCCAACACCAUUCGUCCCUCGGACGAUCCAUUCUGUCCAGCCGGUGAACUUGGUAUCGGCGAUGAACCAAGCUGGACCCUCACGUCCCGCCGAUACACCAGAUGGCCAUGUUGUUUCGGUCACCAAUGAGGAGGAAUGGGAUGAGCCCCGCACUAACAAGGGCAAGGGCAUCGCCAAGCCUACUAAAACCCGAGACUCUGCGUUCAAACGCCUUGGUUUUAAAAAUGAAGGCCCCCGGAAAUAAUUUUAGAAAAGUAAAAAAUUUUACCUCGUAAAUCUUAAUUUGUAAUCAGAAUUGGGAGUGAGAGACUACACACUAAAAUUAUGGGUAGUGGCUACAAUUGGGUUAUUGCAUGUUGGUCUGUGAGGAAACAAUUCGGAAUGAAAGGGGUUUAAUUUA